AUUAAUCACGCGAUCUAAUAUUAAUAUAUACUCACCGACUCCGCCCCAAAUUUCUCCCCAAAUCGGCCACCCAACCUCCACCCUACUCAAACCCUAACCACCACAAUCAACAACCAUCUUCAAAGCAAGAGUCAAACAUGAGGCCACCAAAGAAGACGAUCCACAUAAUCUCGUCAUGGGUACAGCGGCAACCGCCGAAGGUGAAGGCGUUUCUUGCCGUAGUCGCCGGCAUGCUGGCCUUGGUGUUGCUUCGUGCGAUUGUGCACGAUCAUGACAAUCUCUUCGUUGCUGCCGAGGCUGUUCACUCCAUCGGAAUCUCCGUCCUUAUUUACAAGCUCAUCAAGGAAAAAACUUGUGCUGGGCUAUCACUGAAAACACAAGAACUAACAGCUAUGUUCUUGGCUGUUAGAUUAUACUGUAGUUUUGUUAUGGAAUAUGAUAUACACACCUUGCUUGAUCUGGCUACAUUGGCCACAACAUUGUGGGUCAUCUUCAUGAUUCGGUUCAAGCUCAAGUCAAGCUACAUGGAGGACAAAGACAACUUCGCCAUGUACUAUGUGGUGGCUCCCUGUGCGGUAUUAGCUUUGUUAAUUCAUCCGUCAACUUCACAUUAUAUCAUCAACAGGAUAUUUUGGGCAUUUUGUGUUUAUCUUGAAGCCGUUUCAGUCCUACCUCAACUCAGGGUUAUGCAGAACACAAAGAUUGUUGAACCAUUCACGGCUCAUUACGUUUUUGCACUUGGUGUUGCAAGAUUCUUGAGCUGUGCUCAUUGGGUUCUUCAGGUUUUGGACAGUCGUGGACAUCUACUUACAGCCCUUGGUUACGGAUUAUGGCCGUCAAUGGUUCUCAUCUCGGAGGUCGUUCAAACGUUUAUCCUAGCAGACUUCUGUUACUACUACGUGAAAAGUGUUUUCGGAGGACAGCUUGUUAUGCGUCUACCUUCGGGAGUGGUGUAAGUUUGAAGAAACCUAGUGGCGUUCAACUAUACAUUUGCUUGUUAAUUUACCUUUCCUCCAAUACAGUCACUCAUGUGGAUGGACUAUUUGUACAUUUUUGCCCCUUUUUUAACUUAAAACCCUUGUUUCACUACUCUUCUUCAAUUAUGAUUAUUAGUUUCAGUGCCUCUAA